UCGAUACAGCAAGAGCCGUCUACGCCGCCGUAUUCGCCUUCAAAUAUCGGCACCUUCAAGAGAACGUUAAUCUAUCGUUCUCUUACUAACAAUUUCAACAGUCCAGAAUGGGAAAAGUUCACGGAUCCCUUGCCCGUGCGGGUAAGGUCAAGCAGCAGACACCAAAGGUUGAUAAGCAGGAGAAGAAGAAGAAGCCGAAGGGUCGCGCAAAGAAGCGCAUGCUCUACAACCGUCGCUUCGUCAACGUUACCACUGCUCCUGGUGGCAAGCGGAGGAUGAACGCCAACCCAGAGAAAUAGAUGAUUGCAAUGACUGCCACCUACGUGUCGUUUUGAGUUUUCAUCAGGAUGGGGCAUGUGAGGUGGACUUGCCGGCGUCUCCGUGGUUGAGAUGCGAGUGGAGUGGGUCAUAUGCCCGAGGCUCUUUGUCGCUUGCGCCAUUUGUAUGGAUAGGAGCUAUGCAAUAUCAUGACAUGCUC